UAGUAACAUUCAAGUGGUGAUUUUUUUAUCUCUAAGUUUUUGUCUCAUUUCGGACCGGUUGUGUGGAAAAUCGUAGAAAAUGAAAGCUUUCAAUACUUCCUGGGCCGAUGAGGUGGAUGCGGACUAUGUAGAUGGACUGCCUCCUUCUAAUGAGUACAUCGAGGGCGACUACAAGUACGUGACGGAGUAUAAGUUCAACGACGAUGGUAAGAAGGUAAAAGUGGUGCGCACCUUCAAGAUCGAGAAGCAGAUUGUUCCAAGGGCUGUGGCUCGUCGCCGCAGCUGGGUAAAGUUUGGGGAUUCCCGCUUGGACAAGCCCGGACCCAAUUCCCAGACGACCAUGGCCUCCGAGGAGAUCUUUAUGCAGUUCAUCGGCUCCAAAGAGUUCGACCAGACCCACGAAACCCAACUGGAUCCCGGCAAGAACAUCGCCAAGUGCCGCAUUUGCAACGGCGAGCACUGGAGUGUCAAUUGCCCCUACAAGGGCACCUCGAUGGACAGCAAGACCAUGAUGGAAACCAAGGCCAAUGCCGCUGCAGCUGCCGCUAUAAGUGAUCCCAGCAAGACGGGAAAAUACGUACCGCCCUUCAUGAAGGACGGCGGAGGCGGCAAAAAUUGGGGACGCGGACGGGAACGGGACGAUUCGUCGGCGGUUCGCAUCUCAAACCUAUCGGAAUCCAUGACCGAGGCUGAUCUCGAGGAGCUGGUGAAGAAAAUCGGACCACACACCAAGAUGUAUUUGGCGCGCGAAAAGAACACCGGCCUCUGCAAGGGAUUCGCCUAUGUGCACUUCAAGUUCCGUCAGGAUGCAGCUGCUGCCAUUGAAGUCCUUAAUGGCCACGGCUACGACCACUUGAUCCUCUGCGUCGAGUGGUCCAAGCCUCAGCCGUAAUGGGUGUAGCCUUGUGUAUUCAAUUCCCUGCUUUUUCGAGAACGGAAAUGAGCUGCGGUGGCAAGGAAACCAAAAUAAAAUACAGGUACACCCUGAAAAAUA